GCUGUGUACCUUGCACUUUCACAUCAACACAAACCAAGACAGGUGGAAUUCUGGUCGGGACAUUGCAAUAGAAACUCACAUGAAAUAUUUAUUUAUUGAUUCAUACAGUGCUUUUGUAGGGCUAGAGACCCAGAAUAGCAAAACGUCAACAUGAGAUACAUAACAGAACUAGAGAAAAGCCAUGACAUUCCUCUGAAAUUUACUUUUAACCCAAAACUUGGAAUCGAUAACCCAGCCUUGGUCAUUUCAGAUGACACAGAGACAGACGUGCCCCUCCAGCUGUGCAGGCUGAAAAGGGAGAAGGGCCAGGGCUUCGGCCUCCACCUGCAGCGGCGGGAUGACGUCCAGGGUCACCGCAUCGGACUGGUGGAGCCUUGGAGCGCGGCCUCGCAGAGCGGGCUCAGGGAAGGGCAUCAUGUGGUGGAGGUCAACGGAGAGUUUGUGCACACCAAGGCACAUGCCCAGGUGGUUCGACAGAUCCAGGAGUCAGGGCUGCUGCUCUAUCUGCUUGUGGUGAACAGUGAAGACUAUGAGAGGGCUGUGUCCAAAAAUCUGGACCUGAAAUCUCUCGUCAGUGCUCAUCAUGGCGGCCUCUCUGCCCAACCUAGGCUUUGCCACAUUAUCAGAGAACCAGACCAUGACAUGGGUCUUACCAUAACACCCAUUGAAGGCAUGAAGAGUAGUUACCGUGUGAGUGUGGUGGCUGAGGGGCCUGCUGAGAGAGCAGGAGUCUGCACUGGGGAUCGUCUGGUGUGGAUCAAUGGGAGCCUGGUCUCCACCCUCACACAUUCAGCAGUCUCCAAGAUAGUCAAGAAAUGUGGGGAUCAUUUAACAGUUCUGGUGAUUGACGCACAAAGUGAGCAGCACUUCCGCCAGCGGAACAUACCCAUAUUGCCCACUAUGGCCGGUUCCCACAAUCUACCGCACAGGCCCAAAACAAUGCAUCUUGCCCAGGGCCCGCAUGGCUAUGGCUUUCUACUGCGACAAGAGAAACUGCCAACAAGACAACUUGCUCAUUUGCUGCGUGAAGUGGACCCUGACAGUCCAGCAGAAAAGGCAGGCAUGAAGGAUGGGGACCUGCUGCUGGCGGUGAACAGCGAGCCAAUCGAGGCGGCCGAGCACGAGGACAUAGUCAGCUUAGUGCGACAGAGCGGCCGACAGGUCACGCUCACCUGUAUCUCGCUCACUGGGAGAGCGUUUUACGAGAAGAUAGCACUGUCUCCCCUCCUCUUCUAUGAGGAAGAUAUUGUGGACAGAAGUGAAGAAAACAGACAGGACUACGUUACUCGGGGAGGCCAGCCCCUGAAGAGUGACCGUUCAGUGCCACCCUGCCCUCGGCUCUGUGUUCUGAACAAAGAAGCUUCGGGCUUCGGCUUCAGUUUAGGAUGUGUCGAAAAUGAACCAGGGACGUUCAUCAGCCAGGUGACUGCGGGCAGUGGAGCUGAGAGAGCUGGACUCUUUGAGGGCGAUGUGGUGGUCGAAGUGAAUGGACAGAUGGUGGAGAGGGAACAUCUGAAGGAAGUGGUGAGGAUCAUAAUGUGUGGUGGAUCGUCCGUCAGGAUGCUGGUCAUGGACAAGUCUGGAUAUAAGAAUGUGAGACAGAGUGGUCUCCCUUACACUGCUAUGGUCCCUUGCAACAAGAAGGUUUCAGAACCAAUGCACAACUCUUUCGUGUAAGAAGAUGAUAAAGCCUUGGCCAUUGCAAUAUGUGAACAGUACCUAAAAAAAAAAAAUCGUUUGGUAGGCCUAUAUCAUUUCAUGUGUAUUAAUGUAGCUUGUGUCCUCCAGUUCCAUGUUGUGUAAAACAUUCAAUGAAAUGUGUGCACUUUUCUAAAGAAAAAUGUAGAAUGCCAGCGUUAUAAUUAAUUUAUUUUUUAUGCAGUUUUAUCAGCUGCCACUUGCACUUUGCUAUGGCAUAAAGGUUAAGGGCCUAACAUAUUUGAUAAUGACCACAGAUCAAACCACCAUUCACAGCAGAACUGUGGGUAGAUUCGCUCCCGUUUGGUUUCUUGGAAUUACAUUUUAACAGUAAACAGGAAGUGAUUAUAGUAUCAAAAAAGCCCAACCAAAUAAAUGUAACAACAGGAGCUGAGAAGUAAUGGCAAAAAUCACAUAGUACAUUCCUCCCAUUUACUCAGCAAAGUUGCUAAAAACACAACAUGACAAGAACAUGACAGGACUGUAUACACUGAGGUUGAAGGAUUACAAUGUUCACUAUGAUGGUUUUCUCAUCUGGAUUUUGAAAGAACCUAGAGGAAAUGUAUAUAAUGUAUAAAACUAUGAGACAGGGGUACAAAGGUUAAGAUUAAGAUGAAUGGAGUCAUAUUAUUAUAUUGCAGGUUAUGUGAGUAGACGUAAUGAUGAUUAAGCAAGCAACUAUUCACACUUCUACAAAUUAUGUUGCAUAAUGUUUUGUAGAAACAAACAUAGAGCAUUAAGAGUCUGUAAUGAGUUGCUAUAAACUAGUAGACCACACUUUCACUGCCCUGAUAAUGCACUGUGAUCCUGCUUUUUUAUGUUACACACAGCAUGUCAGAGAUGCGUACAAUGGGCAAACACUGUGGCCCCACAGGAAUUAUUCGAACUGUAUGUACAUAUAAUAUAUUGUUUGAUGAAAUAUGGUGUGAAUAAAU